ACUGGAGCUCACUAAACACAUAAAUUGAGUGAUAAGAUCAUUAGUGGACAGCUCAAUGCCAGUAUGAAUUACAGCCCAGCUAAUACAAUGGUAGAUCUGAUAUAAUGAGGCAAUUUUAACUUAGCACAUGGGAGAAGUUUUCCAUCAGGGCUUUCUGCUGGAAAUCCGUAAAACUUGGUUAAGUUUAGGCACCAAAACUACUUGGUUAUAAAGUAGAAAGCCUUUCUUUCAGAAAUACCCGAAGGGAAACUUCUCCCACGUGCUUUAUCUUAUAGAGAUUUCAAUGUUAACAAAAAAAUAACAGUGCAGAAAGGCUAACAAGAUAUGACUGACGUCAUUUAAAAACAGUGUCGCCAUCACAGUUUGUUCACCAGAGAGCACUGAUAAGUUUAUUUUUCAACUGUAAAAUGUUCCCCUCAGUACAUAGUUAAUUAGUCUCUGUAUCAUCCCAGCCUUACAUGUUGGUCUAUUAAUUUGUGUGUGGUAAAACUAAGGUAAGAGGUAAACAGGUUCAAGACGAUUAGAAGUGAGGAAAACAGGAAAUCAAUUAUGCAUUUAUGCACAAAACUAUCUCUUUUUCUUGUUAAUUACUGUAUAAUCUUAACUCUUCUAAUUUUAACUCUUCACCUCAUGUGCAAAUUAUUCAAUUAACACUCACGCUUUCACUCACUCACCUGGUGACAAUGAGGCAAAGGUUUUAAGGAGUUACAAGCCAAAACUGAAGUUGACUUCACUGUUAUGAUGUUACCAGUUGUUUCUUACUGAGAGGGGAUCAUAGGCUUGGCCUCACAGCAACUAGAAGGGCACUGUGGUUCAGAGUAUUUGCACCCAUUGCCAUGAUGUCAGUUCACCUUUGACUUUUUUUUAAAGGAGCAGCUUACAAAGACAGACCGACCGACCGGCUGACAUCCUGUCCCAUUCUGCUCCUCUAUGGUUCCCCAAUACCACCAAGGUGUCCUCUCACUACAGCUGCUCAGCGCUGCUGCCGUCUCUUCCGGUGCUGCCGGCGUCCCAUAUCCUGGAAGGGACCUACAGGAGGGUCAGGUGUCACCAACCCAUCCGUCAUCCUCUGGUAGACCAGGGUGGAGUCAGAAGCUACAGCACACAACAGCAUGGGAAAGCCUCUGUCCAGCACAUGACGUAUGCUGCACAGCAGAGAGGAGGAAGCUAUAAGUUUGGGAAAUUUGGGAAGACAACUUGUGACAGUAAAACCAAAAGAAGGAUGUGACACCUGUCAGACCCAGACCGCUGCCUUGAAGACCUCGUUCAGGGAAGAAAAGGCCCAAUAUCCACACAAUUACUGAAACAUUUAAGCAGGGAAGCUAUUCCUGCACAGCAGCACAGAGGAGCUGCCACCUGAUCAUAUCCUCCAAACGGCCCAGCGGGAGUCCUCGCUGCUGAAGCCCACAGUGCUGAUCACCAUCCUCACACGCAACGCACAACACAGCCUCCCCUACUUCUUGGGAUGCAUCGACAGGCUGGACUACCCAAAGGACCGCAUUGUCAUCUGGGCAGCCUCUGACCACAGUGUGGACAACAGCACAGCCAUGCUUCAGGAGUGGCUGGAAGGAGUUCAACACCUGUACCAUUCGGUGGAGUGGAGAACCAUGGAGCAACCAAGCUCUUAUGCGGAUGAGCAGGGUCCCAAACACUGGCCCGACUCUCGGUUCACUCAUGUGAUGAAGUUAAAGCAGGCAGCACUUAGAGCUGCCAGGCGACUUUGGACAGACUACAUAUUGUUUGUGGACAGUGACAACUUGCUGACAAACCGUCAGGUGCUAUCUGACAUGAUAGCAGAGAAUCUGACAAUUGUGGCGCCCAUGUUGGACUCAAAAGGCCUGUAUUCCAACUUCUGGUGUGGCGUGACUCCUCAGGGCUACUACAGACGAACCCCAGAGUAUAUUCCCAUCCGUAAAUGGAAGCGGCAGGGCUGCUUUGCAGUCACCAUGGUGCACUCCAUCUACCUGCUGGACCUGAGGCGCAGAGCCAGCCGAGCGUUGGCCUUCCACCCUCCUCACCCCGACUACCCCUACGACGUAGACGACAUCAUGGUCUUCGCUUUCUCUGCAAGGCAAGCAGGAGUUCAGAUGUAUGUGUGCAACAAGGACCAUUAUGGAUAUUUACCAGUGCCCCUUAAACAAGACCAGACACUGGAGGAAGAAGAGGAGAGUUUUACCCACACGCUGACAGAGGCACUCAUUGCGUACACCGUGGAGCCUUCACGCUAUGUGCACACUUUGUCUAAAGAACCAGGGAAGAUGGGAUUUGAUGAGAUCUUUCUGAUCAAUCUGAAGCGCCGCUCAGAUCGGCGGGACAGGAUGUUGAGUACUUUGGCUGUCCUCGGUAUCAACACUACACUGACAGAAGCCGUGGAUGGCAAAACCUUGAACUCCUCUCAGCUGCAGUCCAUGGGUAUAGACAUGCUGCCUGGGUACAAAGACCCAUAUUCAGACCGCGUGCUGACCAGAGGGGAGAUUGGCUGCUUUCUCAGCCACUACAACAUCUGGAAACAGGUGGUGCAGCAGGAACUGCAGCAGGUGCUUGUGCUGGAGGACGAUGUAAGAUUUGAGCCCAGAUUUUGCAGCAGGCUGGUGACUAUCAUGGAAAAUGUACAGAGAGUGGGACUUGAAUGGGAUCUCAUUUAUUUAGGCCGUAAGCGGCUGCAGGUGAAGGAGCCAGAGCACUGGGUGAAGGGAGUCAGUAACCUUGUGCACCCAGGAUACUCCUACUGGACUUUGGGUUACGUCGUGUCACUGAAUGGGGCCAAGAAGCUCCUGCUGGCAAAACCCCUGAGCAAAAUGCUGCCAGUGGACGAGUUCCUACCAAUCAUGUUCAACAAGCACCCCAAAGACGAGUACAUGCUGUAUUUCGAGCAGAGGGACCUGAGAGCAUUUUCAGUGGAGCCUCUGCUGCUCUUCCCCACGCACUACACCGGCGAGCCCGGCUACGUCAGCGACACGGAGACCUCUACCAUCUGGGACGACGAGGCCGUGGAGACAGACUGGGACAGAAACGGAGACAAACACCGACGUGAACAGGAAACUGAUGAUGUAGGGCUUCGACCUGUGUCUCAUUCUGCUCACGGUGGCGGGCCUCCUCUCUCUGCUAGUGAAAACAGAGAUGAACUCUGAGAGGGACAGAGCUGCUGGGCCCCUAAAAAAUCUGUUCUUCCCCCUACAGUUCAGUUUGUGUUCAUGUUGAUCAUGAGUUUUGUCAAACUAAGACAAAACUCACGCUACAUGUAAGCAUAAAACUGGACCAAUUAAGGUUAUCAAACCUGCAUUUUAACACAAGGACCCUCUUCAAGACCCACCUUAAAGCCUUAAUCAUUACAGAUGAUAUUGGGCUUUGGUGGUGUAUUUUUCCAAACACAUUUUUGCCACUUCGCUUUGAUGGUAACCCACAAAAGAAGACCACCUGUCGAGACCAAGACUGGCAAAUAACAGUUUGUCUUUCCAUUUGUUUGUAACAUUUGUUCAGGAUAACUGGAUUUCAAGCAAUAACUGUUUGAAAUUUGAGUAAUAAAAGCCCAGAAAUACACCUGUUUCUUAAACAGGCCUACGUUUGUGUGGCCAUGACAAAAGAUGUUUGCUCAGCUACUAGUUAAAAAAUGAAUUUUCUAAUUUCAACAAAAUAUUUUUCAUGUUAUUAUGGCAUAUUUUCUUGUCAUUACUAUGUUCUAAUAACAUAUGGAGAUUUAUUACUUAUAUAACACACCAAACCUCAUGUUAUAAUGAGAAAGUUUUUAAUCAGAUAAAUUGUUUUAGCAAAAAACAUUUUAGGAUUGAGUAGAAGUAGAAAAUAAACUUUUGUAUUUUGUAUGUAGUAAUAACACAAAGAAAUGUCAUAACAUUGAUACUUUUCACAUUGUAAUAAUUAAACUGGUCAUACAUUUUUGUCAUGGUGGUUGCAAUACACAAAUUUAAUGCAUAAAACUACAAUUUUGGGAAAGUCAGGAAAAUGGACAAAACCAUAUGGAGAAUUGGAUUAAAAAAUGCAGCCGUGCUACUCAUAUUAACACACCAGUUAAAGUUCAAAAACAGCCGUGCGUUACUGUGUCAAGAUGUCACUUCUGUAAGUGUCAUCAUGGCAUUUACAGCCAGUCAAUGAUUGUGACCUAGAUUCAGCUACGCCACUUUGUACUUUUCAAAUAAACAAAUUUCUCUUGA